AUGGGCUCCAUUACUGAAAGAAACCCUCUAGGUGUCUCCGUCGCCGUCCAGGCCAACGAUGCCAAGAGCGUGGCAGAACUGUCCGAUGUCGUAGGUUCCCUCGGCAGGACAUUCUCCCCGGAAAACGAAGAAGGCCGUCUUCAGCUACUGAAGCAGACGAGAUCGUUGCUCCAGGCUCUUGAGACACUGCGCGAGACCAUGAUCAAGCACUGCUGGGCCCAGUCUUCCGUCAGUUUCGUCAUCGCCACGGGCAUCGAGUCGGGUCUUUUCAGCUACAUGGCGCAGAACCCUGGUAACAAGAGGGUGGACCAGCUCAGCAAAGCCCUUAGCUUUGACCACGACGUCCUUUCGCGUACGAUGCGCCACCUCGGUUCGAUGGGAUACUUGAAGGAAGUCGGGCCAGACGAGUACGAGGCUACAAACUUUGCCAAGUCUCUGAGUCUUCCCAUCAUUGCAGGCGGGUAUUCUUGCAUCGUUGGCGGCUGCUGGCCCACCUUCAGCAACUUCCCGUCGUACCUCAAGAAGCACAACUGGUCGAUUCCCGCCGACCCGACUGAAGGUCCGUUGCAGGAUGUCGUGGGAAAGGACAGCAACUUCUUCAAGCAUAUGAUGACCAACUACCCCGGCGGCGAAUUCCAGAGCCACAUGGCUGGGUACAGACAGGGCAGGCCGUCGUGGAUGGACGAAGGGGCUUACCCGGUUGCCGAAAGACUCAUCCGGGGCGCAGACGGGUCCGCAGACGCGGCUUUCCUCGUCGACAUCGGCGGCAGCAUCGGACACGACCUGGACGAGUUCUGCCGCAAGCACCCGGACGCCCCGGGCCGACACAUCCUCCAGGACCUCCCGCACGUGCUCUCCCAGAUCUAA